UUUAUCUUUUGUCAUUUGUUUUUAUUGAGAAAAAAAGGCCAGAAAUAGCGCAUAUAUUCACUCGUGGAAAAAAAAAAAAGGUAACUAUAAAAUAUCAGUUUUUAGGGUUUUGGCCCUAAGGGUUGCGAUCUCUCAUUCCUUGCUUUCUCGAUUUCAGAGCACAAGAUCAUCAAAGAUUCUCUCCAUGGAUUCGUAUACUAGAUUCAAUAAAUUCGAUAAAGUUAGAGUGACAGGAGGAAAUCACGAGGGGGAAGUCGGACUUUUUCUACUACCUUUGUUUUCCAUUAUGACGGCUGAGGGGAAUAUAAUCAAUGUGAAACAGCACUUUGUGGAGGGUUACAACAACACACCCAUGACACCUAUAAUCAAUGUGGAACCACAACUUUUAGCUUCUAACGACACCACUACUGAAGUGGAUUCUGCUAUGCCGAUGCCUCGUGCGAGAUAUAAGUCUAGAAGAAGGCAAAGUAUCGCACCUCAAGGCAAUGUGGUAAGUACAAACAACAUGAAAAAACAUGCAUGAAUCUCGCACCACAAGGCUCGGAUCCAAGUAAAACAUCCGCCUCUAAAAGGAGACGUGGAAAGAAUAAAAAAUCCCAUGGUAGCUUGGCGGUAUAAGGUUACGUGAAUAAAGCUCAUGCAAAAUAAUUGGUCCUUUUUAUAUGUUUUUUGUUCAUUAUAGUAUUUUUUUUCGAAAUAUACAAAAGUCAAUUGAAUGUGUUUUGUAUGGUUUUUCCUUAUCGAUGAUUAUGAGAACUUUGGUUUGAUUGUUUCUUAAAUAAAGAUUUUGAG